AUGCGUUUAGACCAAAGUCUGGUCUUGGGACUGCUGGCCACUACCGGCCUGGCGCUGCCUAGCAGAAGAGACAACGGUGUUGCGCCGAAACAACUGCAAGUGCGCAGCUCCAAAUAUGCCGUCAAGCAGCCCCCAUUGACAACGGAGUGGACGGGUAAAGUGGGAACUCAUCCUUGGCCCGACUAUCCGCGGCCCCAACUGCAGCGAUCCCAGUGGCAGAACCUCAACGGCGUGUGGCAGUAUCAAAAUGCAUCCAGUGUCGACGCGGUCAAGAGCCCGCCGUUUGGAAAGGAUUUGGGGCGAGAAGUCCUUGUUCCGUCGUGUCUAGAAAGUGGAUUAUCUGGAAUCCAAGAGCAAAACUCCUUGUAUUCGUGGUUUGCAACCUCGUUCAAGGUGCCCUCGUCCUGGAAGGAUGAGCAUGUGUUGCUUCAUUUCGGCGCUGUGGAUUAUGAAGCCACGGUGUUUGUCAACGGCAAGCAGGCGGGCUUCCACCGCGGAGGCUAUUUCCGCUUCUCUGUUGAUGUGACCGAGUUUGCCAAGUUCGGUGAAGAGAACGAGCUCCUUGUUUUCGUGCAUGAUCCCACCGACGGGGGUGACCAUGUCAUCCCCAUUGGCAAGCAAACUCUCAAUCCAAACCACAUCUUCUAUACGCCCUGCAGUGGGAUCUGGCAGACUGUGUGGGUUGAGACUGCACCAUCAGACUAUAUCACCAGUCUGGAUAUUACGGCCGACAUGCACGGUGAGGUCAAUGCCACCGUGCACAGCUCAGACACGAGCAAAAGCUCGGAUGUCGAAGUGACUGUGCAGGACAAUGGAAAGGAGGUUGCCACCCACAAAAGCUCAUCCAACAAGCCCUUCCAGUUCAAGGUGCACUCUCCGAAGCUGUGGACCCCCGAGUCCCCCAAACUGUACAAUGUCACCGUCAAGAUGGGCGACGACAAGGUGACAAGCUACACGGGAUUCCGCACCAUCUCCAAAGACAAGGUCGACGGCGUGGUCCGGCCCCUCCUGAACGGGAAAUUUAUUUUCAUGUUCGGCACCCUGGACCAGGGCUACUGGCCGGAUGGACUGUACACGGCGCCGACUCGAGAGGCCAUGGUGUAUGAUCUGGAGGUGCUCAAGAAGCUGGGCUUCAACAUGGUCCGCAAACACAUCAAAGUCGAGCCUGAGUUGUUCUACCGGGCGUGCGAUGAGCUUGGUCUGUUGGUGAUUCAGGACAUGCCCUCGCUGCGACCACUCCAGACCAAGACUCUGGACAAUGGAACCCAGGUGGAUGUCAUGCCGAAUCCGAAGCAACAGGUUGAGUUCGGUCGUCAGUUGGAGCUACUGGUCAAUCAACUGAAGAGCUUCCCUAGCAUUGCGAUCUGGGUUGUCUACAACGAAGGCUGGGGCCAAUUGACCAAUACGUAUCCCGAAUUUGGAUUGACCGAGCGAGUCAAGCAGCUGGAUCCUACACGGCUGGUCGACUCGACGAGUGGCUGGCACGACCACGGAGCCGGCGACUUCAGUAACAACCACCACUAUGCCAACGCACAGUGCGGCACGCCCUGGUACUCGACAGACUCGAGUCCCUACGACGACAGCCGAAUCGGCUUCCAAGGGGAAUUUGGCGGAGUCGGGCACAAUGUGUCUAUUGAGCACCUCUGGAACGACCAAGCCGCCAUCAAUUCCAUCAAUGAAACCUACGAGAUGGACGCCUCCAUCGAUGUAUGGAACUACCGCAGCCACUUCCUCCUUAACGAGCUGGAGGAUCAAGUUCAUAAGUACGCAUGCAGUGGCGGAGUCUGGACACAGACUACCGAUGUAGAAGGCGAGCUCAAUGGGCUGAUGACCUAUGAUCGCCGGGUGAAGAGGGUUGACGAAAAGCAGUGGAAGGACGAUAUCCAGGCGUUGUAUUCUGCUGCUGCAGCGCGAAGUAAUGGGUCGUAG